AUGGCGGCGGAUCUGGAUGCGGGCGAGGGAUUGGCAGUGAUCAAAUGCUCCAAGUGCAAUGCAAGCGUCGGGAUAUCUCAAAUGGGUGAUCAUACCUGCCCCAGAGCUUCGCAACAACUUACUCCACCUCCAGACCAAGACAGUCAUAACCCCUUUAGGGGCCCUACAAAUACUGCGGGCUUCAAUCGCGAGGGCAAGUCGGGAAGACUUGGUCCGCCACCACGAAUUAACCCUUUCGCAGCUAACCAUCAUUUUCAACACCGAGAUCUUCUCACCCCUGCCAACAGUGAUGGCACUCCAUCUUUCUCUCCCUUUCCUCUUAAACGAAGCCAAACCACUCCAAUAUCACCAGCGCCUGAACCCUCUAAUGAAGAUGACUCGUAUACCUGUGUUCGAUCACAUACUGUAGCAGGGUCCGGCAUGAGGUCGGGACCCGGGAUCUGGACGCCUGCCAGCGGUGGUGCCUUCACGAGAAUGCCGUUUGAAAAUAGCCCGGAUCGUAUUGAAGAUGAUGCUAUAAGUGAGUAUUGUAACAAUAAUCUAUCGAUUUUACGAAAUCCUGCUCCCGACGCUGCCGAGAAUCGGUGUCGCCCACGAUCAACAAAUAAACAUCGAAGAGAAGUGUCGAUAGAUAACAAGAGCAUCCUUCGAAUCUCAACAGCAAACUCGCGGUUUGGAGAUUCUGGCCUUGGUCCUUACUCGCCAAGGAAUUUAUCCAAUGUUGGACGUAAUGUGAUGGAUGAAGUACCGCCACUACCUACGGGGCCCAUCAAGAGUUUUACCCCAGGGCCAUGCGACGCAAUUCCGUCCUCGUAUCGUUUUGAAAGUAAAGAGGACUUCGAAAAGGAUCGUGUUACAGGGGCCAGCCCUCCGAAGAAUCAACAAAAGAAGGGCGUGUUUGGAAGUUCCGAUUUCGGUCUGCCUUCACAACCGAAACUUCCCAGAAAUCCGGAAGAUGGUACCAUCCUUCGGCAGCCUUCGAAUGCCAACACUAACUCUACCACCUCCUCGAGGAGUUUCAGAUAUGAUGUUCAAGAGAAGGGUAUAACUAACAAACCAGAAUAUGGGCCCUCAAUGUCCCCGACACAUGAGUGUCGAAUUGAUCAAGACUUUUCUGUCUCUAACUUUGCGCGAGACCUCGGGCUAAGUCAUAGCACACGUCCAUCAAUCUCUUCAACUGGAACCACGCUUUCAGAUAUAACUAGUGGGAGCUCUCACUCUACAAGACCUUCCGAAGUGUCAAGUGAGACGUCGCCACUGAAAUCCGGCUCAGGAUAUAUAUCUUCGUGGGAUAGCUCAACACUUGACUUGGAACCCAGUCGCCCAGACGAUCUGUUCGGGGAUGGUGUGGAUUCCCCAACCGAUCCGUCUUUCCAAAACGGGCAUUUGUUAUCAAUGAUCUGGGAAACGGACCGAUCCAAUGGAUCUGGCUCAAAGCUAAGAUCAGGUUCACCCCCUGAACUGACAGUAAAAGAUGCAAGAUCUACCCCGGCACAAGUUCUCACUCGCAAUGCCACUCGGACUCCUACAGGCCACAGAAGCAGGUGUCGAGGAUGCCAACAAAUCAUUGUUGGGAAGUCCAUAUCAUCUGCAGACGGCCGGUUGACGGGCCGGUGGCACAGAGCCUGCUUUGUCUGCCACACAUGCCGCGCCCCCUUCCAAACUGCCGAUUUUUACGUCCUCGACAACCUCCCUUACUGUGCUCAACACUACCAUGAAUUGAACGGCUCGCUUUGUGGCGCCUGCAAUACUGGCAUCGAAGGACAAUACCUGGAAACGGAAGAGGAAACAGAUAAUUUAGGAGGGGGAACACGGAAAAAGUACCAUCCAGAUUGCUUCAAAUGUCGAACGUGCUCUAUGGUGUUGCGGGGCGAUUACUUCGAAUGGAAUGGUUUUCCAUAUUGCGAGCAGGAUGGACGGCGUGCUGCAUCUGCGACGUAUCCGCCUCAACCCUCGCAUAUGAUGCCACCGGGAGGAGGGUCGGGCUAUAAUAGAUGGCCGCCCCACUCUCCAGCGGGGGGAUAUCCUGGAGGAUACGGACCAGGACCUGGUCCAAGAUAUGGGCGAGGCGGGAGUACUGGAAUGCGAUAUCCAUCAUCGAACUCGAACCUGAGAGUUCCCCCGCAGGGCAUGACGUAUAAUAGUCGACGAUACCCUGAGCGGAGGACGACCAAGUUGAUGAUGAUAUAA